AUGGCCAAACUCUAUGGACUCCUAUGGUUGUGCAUGUGUUCAGCCACAGUCGCUCAGGAGGAGCCUGACCUUGCAUUCAGGCUUCUGUCGGACUUGGGGGCCGAGGACGUAGAGAAGCUCGUAGAGGUCAAGGAUGGAAGGGUGGUGGGGAUUUCUGCGUCAAGAAGGCAGCUGAAGGGCAACAUCCCGGCUGAGCUUGGCAAUCUCACUGCUUUACAAAAUCUUGACCUCGCUAUGAAUCAGCUGACCGGUGAGAUUCCCACUGAGAUCCACAAGUUGACGCGCCUCAGAUACCUUAACCUUUUUGACAACAAGCUUACUGGGCCCAUUCCCAAGGAGGUCGGCAAGAUGGCCGGGCUCACCACGCUUUGGCUGACUGGCAACAGGCUCACCGGGCAGAUCCCGGUGGAUAUUGGCAAUCUGGGUUCUUUGGAAGAACUGUGGCUCUGCGGAAACCAGCUUGCUGGCCCCAUUCCUGAAUUUGGAAACAUGACCAAGCUGAAAGUACUUUCUUUAUCCGAGAAUAAGCUCAGCGGCCCGAUUCCGGCGUCAAUCGACCGCCUCACUUCGUUGGAAAAGUUGUAUCUUUCCGGAAACCAGCUUACCGGCCCGAUUCCGGCGUCAAUGGGCCGCCUCACUUCCUUGGAAAUGUUGCUUGUUUCUGAAAACCAGCUCACCGGGCCUAUCCCGCCUGUCAUUUGCCGGCUAGAUGCUUUGCAGGUGCUGUCACUGGCCAGCAACCAACUCGAGGGCUCCAUACCCAGUGAGAUCGGCGAUUUGCCUAACCUGAUUGAACUUGUCUUGACUGGGAACAAGCUCACUGGCCCGAUCCCGCCUGAAGUGGGGAAUCUGACCAGACUCAAGUUUCUUUCGUUGGCCAGGAACAAGCUCAGCGGCUCGAUCCCGGCUGCAAUCGGCCGCCUCACUUCCUUGGAGGAUUUAGCUCUUUUCGAAAACCAGCUCAGUGGCCGGAUCCCGUACGAGAUUGGUCAAGAAAUUCUAGGCAUCAGGGCAGUCCUGCUUCACAAGAACUUCUUGGAGGGUCCAUUCCACUGGAGCAAUGCAGCAGGAAUCAGGUAUCUGACCUUGCAUGAGAACCGGUUCCAGGGAUCGCCACCAAGUGGCCUGCAGACGAUGACCACCCUGGACUACCUCACGCUGCAUGGUAACGAUUUUUCCGGGACUGUGCCCAAACUCAACUUACCCGCAGGGGCCUUGGCCACACUGCACAGGAACCGCUUCAGCUGCCAACUGCCGGCAAGCCUGGGGCUCGAGGACGUGCGUGCCACUGUGGUAAUGGGCAACAUGGUUGGUGUGGGGGACAGCAUCACUGCAAACUGGAUCCCCCAAGCGGAAUUGCAGGAUUUCUUAUAUGUAUCAAGCAAGAUCUGGUGGGGAAAUGUGCUUGUGUUAGCAGGCUUGCCAUUGGCAUUCCUUUGUGCAGCGGUGAUCUUUCGCCAAUCUCGGCAAGCCUUUUCUGGAAACAUUUGGGUACUUGCUCCAGACGUGCAUGCCUCGUCGAUGCAGAGCCUGCAGCUGUCGUUAUGGAUUGCGGCACUGUGCGCCCUGCUGCUGCCAGCUUACCUCCACGGUGCGCGGUACUACGAGUGUGGCCAGCCGCUUGCGCGGAGCACAGCGGCCUACCUGGAUGGAUCGGCGGCAACAGAGCUCUUCGUGAUUUUGGUCUGGAGCCUCGUCACUUUCUUCUUCUCUGCGUCGAUCACUGUGCUUCCCGAGCCACGUGAAGAAUUCAGGGGGCCGCCAGCAGGAUCAUGGCUGAGACACAAGAUAGCGUGGCUCCUGUGGAUCGUACCAGUCACGAUGAUGUCGCUGCCUUCCAUCCUCUUUUCUGUGGCACAGGCGCUUCCGAAGGACAACAUGUUGAUGGCGGACUCGAUCCUGCAGAUCGCGCACCGCACGGCCCCCGCGCUAGUUGUCGGCAUCGACGUUCUGCUGGCAGGAUGGCUCUCCAUCAAGUAUGCAGGUCUAUCUGGCAUCCGGGCGGACAGGCUUCUGAUGUCACUGAGGUUGUGUGCGGCGUGGCUCCUUCCACUGCUCACGGCAGUCGCUUUGCAGGAAAACUGUUUGGCAGGGUGGAAGACGUGGUGGACAACCUGCGAUCCAGAAUCAAGGAUGCACGAGGAUUUCAAUUGGCACUUCUGGGAAAAGUCAGAAGUCGAGAUCCUGAAUACCACGACGGACUUGUGCAGCGCAAAUCAUCAGAACCUUUGGGAGGGGCGUUGCAGCAGGUCUUUAAUCGAAGGUCUAUCACCUCUCAUCCUAAAGAAGCUGUUGAUUCGGAUUGCUCUGCAGCCCCUUGUGAUGGUCCUGGCCUGGCGUGCUUCCAAGCUGGAGGACCCUUCGCCCCUCGAGGAAAGCCGACAGCUUCGGCUCCUGGGCCGAAAGACCAGUGGGUCCCUGGCAUCGAUGCAGCAGCAUGCCUAUUUCACUACCUUGCUGGAGACCGCCAUCGUUUGGGGUCCGCUGGUUCCACUGGUCAGCUUUGGUGUGGUGGCUGCGUUCUUGGCCAACACGGUUCUUUUUGAGACAGGGCUCAGCUUUGGCGUCCGGCUGCCCACAGACGCAGCCAACACGGGGGCUGGAGUGUCGAAGACCUAUUUGCGAUUUGCGUUGGCCAUGAGCUGUGUUUUCCAGGUUUGGCACGCCUUCGGUACUUCCAUGGCUGGGCGCACGAUCCUGCUGCCUAGCGCCAUGUUGACGACGGCGUUCAGCACUUUGGGUCUCCCGCGUCAGCUGCGGUCUGCUAGGCGGCCGCCAAGGAGGGGGCCAGACUCAGACGAGCAGGAAAUGUCUUUUAUGGAAGGGGCCAGAGCUGCAUUACCGCUGCGAAUCUCGUUGCAGAGUGCGUCCUGA